AGGAUUUAUAAAAAGGAGGUUUUUGGAAAGGUCUGGAGGCAGCAGGAGGAGGUCCCGGGUUUCACAGAGGAGGCAGGACUUUCUGGCUCUGUGGUGCGCUCCGACACCAGAGGUCCGCUUUAAUACCAGAGAAGGAGGAGGAGAGGCCGGUCAGCAGAGCUCAGAGAGAGAGAGAGAAUUAGAGAGAAGGAGAGAGAGAGAGACUGCAGUCCACUCCUCCGUCCCGGACAGUCCGCAUCGAGCAUCCGUGUGCCAAACGGACUUUUGGAUUGAGAGCGCAGAGUGAAGCGAGUCCACUCCUGGAAAAACUUCACUGGCUGCCUGAUCCGCAGGGAGCCCGCGCCGCGUUCAGACUCUCCAGCUGUUCUAAAUCAGCUGUGUUUGUUUAUCCGAGCUCAGAUCACCUCCGACACUUUUUGGUUUGGAUCCUCUGACUGCCGGAGCGCAGCGAAACCUUUUUCUUUCAGAUCUGCUCCUCUCUGGAUCCUCACACACACGCACACGCAGGAUUUGGAGACUGAUUUGAUCUUUAGAUGUUUUGGUGUCUUCAUCCCCGGACUUCUGUUUUCCGCACAUGACACGAGCAGCUCCGCCGCUGUCUCCUGCCUGCCGGCGCGUCUUUGUCAUUUUAAUGUCGGUGUUUAAUCUCCGCGCGUCUGGCUGAGUGUCGCUUUGCAUUUCAGCGCAGAACUGACAAGCUGAGGAGGGUUUUUGUUUUUCUCCCUCCUGGCCUGGAAUAAAGAAGUGUUGCGCUGAACGUGGAUCUGUUUUUCCCUUUUGGAUUGAUUUCAUUUCUUUAUUCCUUCUUGGAGAAAACCCGAGGAUGUUGCUCCGCUGCUUGAACCCUCCCUCCUGGUCCACCUGUAGGUUUUUCUUCUGCUUUUUGUUGCUGCUCCAAACGCCCCGGUCCUCCUCACCGCUAAUUACAGGUACCGAGGCCAGCUGCGAGAACGAAGGAGAAGUCCUCCACAUCCCCAACAUCACCGACAACCCCUGCAUCACCUGCGUGUGUCUGGAUGGGAAGGCAGACUGCAAACAGGAGAAAUGUCCGCUGGUCUCUGAGGACUGUGCUCUGGUGGUGAAACAGACCGGCGCCUGCUGCGAGAGGUGUAAAGGUUGCAUGUUGGACGGACGAUCUUAUAACAGCUCGGUGUCGUGGACCAGCUCCACCAAACCCUGCGUGACGAGACGCUGUCAGGAAGGUGUCAUCACUGAGGCCGAGGUCCAGUGUGUCGUCCACUGCAAGAACCCCAAAAUCCACCCCAAGAAGUGCUGCCCCACCUGCCCCAGUUGUAUCUUCGAGGGUCGCCUGUACAAGGAGAAGGAGGAGUUCAGUCCAGAAGGCAAACCCUGCAUCAAGUGCACCUGCACUGGAGGGCGGACUCUCUGCAUGAGGGAGGCGUGUCCUGUCCUUUCCUGUCCCGCCCACCUCAGCCACACCCCACCUGGACAAUGCUGUCCCAGGUGUCUCGGUCAGAGGAAGGUGUUCGACCUGUCUUUAGGAAGCUGUCUGUUCCACAGCGAGGUUUACGAGAACGGCACUUGCUUCCUACACGACAACUGCACCACCUGCACCUGCAAGGAUUCCACGGUGGUGUGCAAGCGGCAGUGCUCCCGGCCGGGGACUUGCCACGGUGACCACUGCUGUGAGGAGUGUCUGUCCUACGUGAAGGUGGAGGAGGUGAAGUACUGCAGAGUCCGGAACAAGAUCUACAGGGAAGGAGACAUGUGGUCGUCAGUUAACUGCACUCUCUGCGCCUGUGUGAAAGGAAACAUCGAGUGUCGGCCCAAACAGUGUGUACCAAUCACCAGCUGCCCCUCGAAUAAGAUCCUGAACAGGACCGGCUGCUGUCCGGUUUGCACUGAAAAGCCGGGUGUAUGCACGGUCUUUGGCGACCCUCACUACAACACCUUCGACGGCAGGACCUUUAACUUUCAGGGAACCUGUCAGUACGUACUGACUCGUGAUUGUGGCGGCGCCCCCUCUGGAGGACCGGGAAACAACAUCAACAUCAACAGCCCAGAUUCCAGCUUCAUGGUGUUAGUGAAGAACGACGCUCGGCGCACUCGUUCCUUUUCCUGGACUCAGUCCGUGGAGAUCAGACUGGGAGGUCUGAUCCUCAGUCUCCACCAGCACCUGACAGUCCGGAGGAACGGCACCCGCAUCGCACUGCCCUACCACGGCCCCGGGGUGCACAUCGACCUGGACGGAUACCUGCUCAAACUCACCACCAUUGCAGGUCUGGAGAUCACAUGGGAUGGCGACAGUUUCGUGGAGGUCGUGGCCGCCCCCCACCUGCGUGGACGCCUCUGCGGCCUUUGCGGCAACUACAACGGGCACAAGCGCGACGACACGAUGGGAGGCGACGGCCUGUUCAAGUUCGACGUGGACGAGUUUGCCGAGUCGUGGCGAGUCGAGGGAAACGAGGUUUGCUCCCAGCAGCCUCCGCCUCGCCGGCCCACGUCCUUCCUCUGCCCCGGCAGCGUCAAAGUGAAAUUCCGCGCUCAUCGGGAGUGCCAGAAGAUAAAGUCGUGGGAGUUUCAGAAGUGCCACCGUGUGGUCGACUUCGCCCCGUUCUACAGGUCGUGUGUGACGGACAUGUGUGAGUGUCCGGUCCAUAAAAACUGCUACUGUGAGUCCUUCAUCGCCUACAGCCGAGCCUGCGAGAGGGAGGGAGUACCCGUCCUCUGGAAGGCCGACACCGCCUGUAUGGCCACCCAGUGUAAACAUGGCGCCGUUUACGACACAUGCGGGCCAGGCUGCACCAAAACCUGCGACAACUGGAACGAGAUCGGACCGUGCCAUAAGCCCUGUGUGGCCGGCUGCCACUGCCCCGCUAACCUGGUGUUGUUCCAAGGACGCUGCAUCAAACCCAUAGCCUGCCCCGGACGGUGACCCUUGUGAGCCACGUGGGAGGGAGGGGAGGGGAGGGCUCGGUUAGGGAUGGUCAUUUAUAGCAUCACACUCAGGGGGAGGGCCCAAAGAAGCCGAGACGAGUUUGGGAGGACACAGAAGUCGAUGCGACGAGGUACUCAGGGUCCAAAUGUACGCAAGGAAGCGGUGCAGUGACUUAGAGGGUUAUAGAUAAAAGCUGCAGUGACGGACCGAAGGGAAACUCGGUGGAUUGGAGGCUGAUCCUCGCCACCUUUCAUUCAGCUUCUUGUCCUCGUUAUGUCAUGUACUGACACGAUACCAGUCACCACCACCGGAGGCACUAAUUUCAGUCUUGUAGAGGAAGAAUUGAACUCCCCCCACCCAAAAAAAAGAAAAAAGAAAAACCUCAGGGCCCCAUUUUUUUCGAGAUUUCACCGUCUCCACCGUCUGAGGAACGUUUGUCCACGCUGCCACGGACCCUCAGGAAACAAUUUGGGCUAAGUGGACUCGUGUUUUGAGCCAACAUGGCGCCCAAAUGUCUCUCACAAACACUCUGAAGUGGGAAACUGAGCAUCUGCAUUUGGAAUACGGAGAUCGGACGCAGAGAAACUCUGACGCAUCAUAUCAAACUGUCCUCUUGAUCUCUAUUCCAUCAUUUCAUACUGUAAGCUAGCCAGAUUUAUAUGAAAGACAGACAGCUUUUAUAUUAUUAUUAUUCUAAUUAUUAUUAUUAUUAUUUGUUGUUGAUGUUAAUUUAUAUAUCGGUCAAAUGACAUGUCGUAGCAAGAGCCAGAAUCAUGAAUAUAAUUGCGUUAUAAAUGAUUUAAAGGGAAACAAAAGCUAUUUAUGUAUUUGUUGUGUACUUUUGUGUUACUGUUUGAAGAGAAAUGCCCAAAUGUGACUCAGUUGUUGCACCAUCGCAGGGAAAAAGUACUGUAUUGUGUUCUGCUCAGUGUACAGGUUGUUGUGGUUCGUAUCAAACUGAAGGUGUUCAUCGAAAGCAUAUGUUUCACUUGACGAUUAAUUAUUUAAGACCAGCAAUAUAAUCUUUUAUCGAAGUUCAAUCCUGACUGCUGUCUUUACUUUCUUCAGUAUUGUCGGGAGAAGAAAGUCUGACCCAAAGGUUGCAGGUUCAGAUCCCGGAGACGUCUGGAGGUGGAAAGCUGGAGGCGGUUUCUUGUACCUUUGAGCAAAACACGCGCCUUUAAUCUGAUUAUGAUUUCCGUCGUGGAAAAAUAGUUUAUUUAGUGUAGCUUAAAUACUGUUUUUACCCUGUCAGGCUCCUAAAAAUGAUCCAAGAACGGGAAAAUCACUCUUCCAUUGAAUAUGUGACCCCCGAAAUAUAUCUUUGUAUUACGUGGUAAAACAAAAAAUGGUUAAAGUUAAAAAAUACAAAGCUGGAACAUUAUUUUCAGGUAUUUUUUUAGUUUGAGUGACAGUCGGCUCACCUCGUCUCUUUACUGAAUGAGAUACUGUUGCUGUGCAACCGCUGUGAAAGAGAGUGACAGAGAGAAAGACUAACCAUUCUUUAACCUGCUCAAUAUUGACUUCACUUCACCAAGCUGACCAGUUAUUGCGGUCCCCAUGUGACAUCCACACUGACUUGUGGUUGCACUCUGUAGCUUCUCUGUAACCUCUGAGGCCGAGCUCAGACCAAAUCGAGCGCUGUGGUUGUAGGUGUCCCGGAAAAACGACGAGCGAUCUGUGUACAUUUGUUUGAGAGAGACUGAGGCGACACAGAGAAUGAAUGAGGAGAGGGAGCAUCGCUCGUGAGCCACCUCACGACUCUGUGUGGUCUAAAUUCACAACCAUCAACACAUCGAAUCAUCCACUUUAAAUACAUCCGCACCCUUUUAAUACACUUCAAAUUUGUACAAACAUAUUUCACAUGAACGUAGCAACAAAAACAUGAGAA